AGCGGUGCACCCCGCAGCACUAAGCAAGCGUAGCGCCCAGCGCCGGCCGCUAACCAGCGCCGUCCUGCCAGCCAGCACCCCGCUUUCCCCUCCGUCAAUGGACUGUUGAAGCCAGAACCAUGCCACUGCCCGUUAUAGUAUCGACCCCAAUUCGAUGAACUUAAUUUGAGGAAAAGAAGCCCCAGAAAGGGCCUAGCUGUGUCCCGCUAACCCAGAAGCAGCAGGUUCUGUCUCGGUUGAUCCCAGAAGCCCCGGAGGUGGGAUCAACACCCUGACGGACGGACAGAUGGACAGCACCAUUACAGCACAAGGGAAGACAGACAGACGGACAGACAGACAGCAGCUGAGACAUAUUUCACAAACUAUCCCCCUGUGAUUCUGUGUUUUCAUCAUUGUGGAUGGUAUUAUAUGACGUUAUUGUAGCUCAUUUAUCAAAACCCUGAGAGUAACGAUCCGUGUUUCCAUCAAAAGCUGACGAGUGGACAGAGUUUUUGCCACUGGAGUUGUAGAACACCUUUAUUAAAAGGAAAUUUCAGUGUGAAAAGACCGGGGGGGGGGGACAUUUUUCUGUUUGAAGAAACGGGCAAGAAGCAUGAUGCCCUCGACCUGUCUCAACAGCGCCACCUAGUGCUGGAAUAGGUACACUGUCUUGAGAAAAUCAGUAGAGUGAGCAAUCUUUUUUUUAUCAUGAGUGAUGGUAAUUCAGACUCCGCCCCCAGCAAUGACCCAAGGAGUGGAGAGGUUGCAGAGGAGGAGGAAGAGGCGGGGCAAGGGGCCCGUUCCCCAGGGUUACUUGCUGGCUCCUCCUCUUUGGAAGCCAGUCGUGAGGGGGCGUCUCCCAGGGGGGGGUCAGGGGCUCAGACCUCCCCCAGGGAUCUGCGCGCCCCCAACUCUGACGACAUGGACGCGUUGUCAAGCGGGAAUGACUCAAGAGAGAACGUGUCCAGGGGAUGGCAGUCCACUCGCAGCUCUCACAGCUCCUCCAGUCAGAACGGGAAAGACUCGGCUGUGAACCUGGAGACCACGGAGAGCAACAAGAGCUCAAACUCGCACAGCUCGCCCCCCCCCAGCAGCUCGGUGGCGUACAGCCUGCUGAGCGCCAGCUCGGAGCAGGACCACCCCUCUAGCAGCGGCUGCAGCAGUGAGCAGUCUGCCCGGCUGCAGACCCAGAAGCAGCUGCUGCAGGCCCUCAAGGAGCUGAAGAUCCGAGUCCCGGCCGACCGCAAGGCCAAGGGGGGCUCCCACACGCUCAACGCACUCAAGUACGCACUCAACUGCGUCAAACAAGCGCGAGCUAAUCAGGAGUACUACCACCAGUGGAGUGUAGACAGUCACAGCUGCAGUCUGGACCUCUCUACCUUCACCAUCGAGGAGCUGGACAAUAUCACCUCCGAGUACACCCUCAAAAACACAGACACCUUUUCCAUGGCCAUCUCCUUCCUGUCAGGGAAGGUGGUGUACAUCUCGCCUCAGGGGUCCUCUCUGCUGCGCUGCAAGCCAGAGAGCCUCCAAGGGGUGCAGUUCUCGGAGCUGCUGGCCCCCCAGGACGUCAGCACCUUCUACAGCCACACAGCGCCCUGCCGCCUGCCCCCUUGGGCUGCCUGCAUGGGCUCGGGUGUGUCCCCUGUGGAGUGCACGCAGGAGAAGUCGAUGUUCUGCCGGAUCAGCGGGGGCCGGGAGUACGAGGGGGAGGUACGAUACUCCCCCUUCCGCCUGACGCCGUACCAGCUGAUGCUUCACGACUCAGACACGUCCCACCCUCAGCCCUGCUGCCUACUCAUCGCUGAGAGGGUGCACUCCGGAUACGAGGCUCCACGCAUCCCUCCCGAUAAGAGGAUCUUCACCACCAGCCACACCCCCAGCUGUCUCUUUCAGGAGGUUGAUGAAAGGGCAGUGCCGUUGUUGGGGUAUCUGCCUCAGGACCUGGUGGGGACCCCAGUGCUGCUGUACCUGCAUCCUGAGGACAGACCUGUGAUGGUGGCCAUCCACCAGAAGAUCCUGCAGUUUGCUGGCCAGCCCUUUGACCACUCCCCCCUGCGUAUAUGUGCCCGGAGUGGGGAGUACCUGACCAUCGACACCAGCUGGUCCUCCUUCGUCAACCCCUGGAGCCGCAAAGUGGUCUUCAUCGUGGGCCGGCACAAAGUCCGCUCGAGCCCGCUGAAUGAGGAUGUGUUCUCGGCCCCACGGGCGGGGGAGGGGCGGGUGAUGGUGCCGGAGAUCCAGCAGCUGAGUGAGCAGAUCCACCGCGUCCUGGUGCAGCCAGUUCACUCGGGCAGCUCGCAGGGCUACUGCAGCCUGGGCAGUAAUGGGUCCCACGAGCCACACCCCAGCGCUGCCUCGUCCAGCGACAGCACCGGCGCCGCCGCCGAUGAGCCCGCCCCGCUGCACAAACCCAUGACCUUCCAGCAGAUCUGUAAGGACAUCCACAUGGUGAAGUCCAGCGGGCAGCAGGUGUUCAUCGAGUCCCGGAACCGGCCCACCCCCCGCAAACACCCCACUGCAGGAGCAGUGGCGACCCUUAAAACCGCAGAGAUGGCCAAACCAGCAGGUCAUGGGACCAAAGAAGCCAUGAUGCCCCCAAACUCUGUGGCCCCGCCCACGCAGUCUGUGAGGAAGGAGCCAGCCCCCGCCUACUCAUACCAGCAGAUCAACUGCCUGGACAGCAUCAUACGUUACCUGGAGAGCUGCAACGUGCCGAACACAGUGAAGAGGAAGUCCGGCUCGUCCUCCUGCACCGCCUCCUCCGCCUCCGACGAGGACAGGCAGUCCGGCGCCGCCAAAGGUGCGCCGGUGGCUCUGGCGGGAGACCCCGCCCCGCUGCCCCCCCUGGCUCUGCACUCGAAGGCAGAGAGCGUGGCGUCCGUCACCUCACAGUGCAGCUUCAGCAGCACCAUCGUCCACGUCGGGGACAAGAAGCCCCCGGAGUCAGACAUUGUGAUGGAGGAGGCCCCUCCCACUCCCACGCCAGCCCCACCCCCGGCCCUGCCCGCAGCACCCCCGCCCCCGGCCCCGACCACCCCCCCCAGCCCGGCGGCUCUGGAUCGGGACGGCCGGCGAGGAGGGGUGGGGAGGCGUGGCCUGACGAAGGAGGUGCUGCUGGCCCACACCCAGCUGGAGGAGCAGGCCUUCCUGGGCCGCUUCCAGGACCUGAGCCAGCUGCACGUGUUCGACCCGAGCUCCGCCCCCCACCCCGCCCAGCGCAGACACACCGCCACGCCCUCCGCCAGAGGGGUGCGGAGUUCCCAGAAUUACCCCGCUGGCAGUAGCGGUCGGAGGAGAGGCAGGGGGGGGAAAAGGCUGAAGCAGCAGGAAGUGUCAGAUCAGGGCAGCUCCUUGAGGCUGGGGGCCCCGUAUGUGGGGGGUGUGGCAGGAGGGGCGGGGGGACCGCAGACCUCUUCGCCCUCCUGGCCAGCGUCGGUGGUGUCCCAGGCCAGCCUUCCACCUGUGCCGUACCCAGGGGUCCUGCCCCUCUACCCGCUGUACCCGCCCCUCGCCCCGCCCUUGCCACGCCCUGCGGCUGACGCCCACCAGGCAGGCCUCCCCACCCCUGAGUCCUCCCUGCGCUACCCCCCUCACCUGGCCCCUCCCUUGGGGCCCCCCAUGGUGGCGUUUGUUCUUCCAAAUUAUAUCUUCCCCCAGCCCAACCCCCCCAUUCCCCAGGCUUCUCCCGCCACGCCCUCUGCACCCCAGCAUUUUUACAACCCCAGCUGUGCGUUCCCCUUCACCCCCACGGCUCCUGCCACCCCUUCCACUGCCCAGCCCCCCUCCACCUCCACCGCAACCCCCCGCCCCCCGUCCCGCUGCACCACCCCACAGUCCUGCAGCCAGCCCCCCCCUGAGCGAGAGGGGGCGGAGUCUCCCCUCUUCCAGUCCCGCUGCUCCUCCCCCCUCAACCUGCUGCAGCUGGAGGAGUUGCCUAGCAACCGUCUGGAAGUCACGUCAGCACUGGCUCCCUACCAGCAGGCCAAGCCCCCUGUCACUGGCGCUGCUCAGGAUUGGACAGCCAAGCAAGGAGGCGGUGCAGGAGGGCCACAGGCCUCAUCUGACGGACACAACAUGUCAGUGGAGUCCAAGGAAACUGAGAACGCCGAGGCGAACGAGUCCUCCAAUCAGGAUGCCCUGUCCACCUCCAGCGACCUCCUGGAGCUGCUGCUGCAGGAGGACUCCCGCUGGGGCACCGGCUCGGCCGCCUCAGGCUCGGGGUCCUCGGGCUCCGGCUCCAACGGCUGCAGCACAGCAGGAAGUGGCACGAGAAGCAGUCAGAGCAGCCGCACCAGCAAGUACUUCGGCAGCGUCGACUCGUCUGAGAACGAGCGCUCCUUCAAGCAGCCAGCAGGGGGAGCCGGCGAGGAGCAGCUCAUCAAGUACGUCCUGCAGGACCCCAUCUGGCUGCUCAUGGCCGACACCGACGACAAGGUGAUGAUGACCUACCAGCUGCCGGUCAGGGACCGGGAGGAGGUGUUGUGGGGGGACAGGGUGGCACUGAAGGACAUGCAGAAGCAGCAGCCGCGCUUCAGCGAGCGGCAGAAGAGGGAGCUGAGCCAGGUGCACCCCUGGAUCCGCACCGGCCACCUGCCCCCCGCCAUCGACGUCCCCGGUUGCGUGGGGUGCGGGUCGUCCCCUGACAGGCCAGAGUUGGCGCCGUUCAUCGUGGAGGUCCACGACAUGGAGCUGAGCGGGGUUCUGGCGUCCCUGCCGGAGGAGGGUGCGCAGCGGACACCCGACACUUCAGCCGCCACGGCCCUGCCCCGCCCCACCCUGCCGGAGGAACAAACCAGCGACCAGGAAAUGACAGCGGAGGAGCAGGAAGUGACCUCACAGAUGGAGGAGGGGAAGGGGGCAGCUGAGACAGGAUUGGCUCAUUGAGGCCAGGCUGGGUCUGGUGAUUGGUCGGAUCUCACCCCUCUGUGACCCUCAGAAACUGUGCUGAACAUGCAGGACAGGCACACGGCCUGAGAGCUGAGGUGGGCUGCGACCCUACAACCAUCCGGGAUGGCUCCCAGUCAGUCGUCAGUCAGGGCGUAGCCAGCACCGUGUUAGCAGUGCGUCAGUGAGUCCACCUGUGGCCGAGCGCACCAGCGGAUAACGCAGCGCUCUCUGUGUACCAUGCACUUUAUACUGUCAGUGCGUCGUUGGUCAUCACAGUGCAUCACUUGACUAGCAACACACACUGCAUUCGUGGCAAGCAGUGUGUCACAUGCAGUCACUGUCACUCCAGCACACGGCCUGUAAGAAGUGCCACAUGCCCCCUCUAGUGGUGAGCAGGUGAAACGCAGGAGUGGAGAGAGGUCUGACAUUCACUUUCCAAUGAAAGACUGGAAGAAUAAAGGAAAACAAAAGACUCAGUGCCCAGGAGAAACAAGGCUGAAGUUUUUCCUGAUGUAUUUAUUUUAAUUCAUGAAAAACACAGAAAAUAAUGAAUAUAAAAUAAUGAAUUAUGGAAAAGAACAUUUCAGCUCCCAUUCAAGGAUUUGGUUUGACCCAAAAAGGGUCCUCUGUGUUGGACUGCUUCAUCUCCCCAGGAGGAGGGGGGAGUCCAGCCUUUAUCUCAGACAUUCAAGACUGUUGAAUGUGUCUGAGGACUUGGGAGACUUUUGUUAUUCAGUAUUAAUCAACUCAUUUUACUUGUGAAAAGAUACGUUCCUAUACAACUGUGACUAGAUACAGAACAGAAGCAGGUUUAUUUUUUUAAAAGUAUAUUUUUGUACCUCAUUGUAAAAGCUCUUUCAGUAUUUGUGUAAAUAUGUAUUAUGUGUACUUGUUAAAAUAUGGGCAAGGGUUGUGAAAAGUGACAACUUGGGAAAAAACACCUCCAAUUUUCACAGAAUGGAGAUUGUGUUCCCAUGGUAACAGCACCGUUGGAGCUUGCUUGCCACGGUGACACUCUUGUGGGUGGAACAGCCAAUGAGAUGGCAGCUGUCAGACAUGCGGGAUCUGAGCUGAGACUGACUCCACCAGGAGCUGCUGUAACGAUGGGACAGACCCAUUAACCCCCUGGGUUCAGUCAGAAAGAUCAGGGAUCUUGAAUCUUGAUUGGCUGGCUUGUUGCCAUGGGACCAAGGUUAAGUGGUGUGUGGACAGAGCACUGCGCUGGCCAGGUGCCCCCCCCUCUCUCUCUGUACAUCUGUGUAAAGCUGGGUGAGGUGU